UGCUGUUACACUUAGGCUGGGUCUCCGGGCCGGGAGGAAGCAGGCGUGUGUUGAAUUUCUCUUUGACCCUCACGGUGGAAUAAACAGGAAGCGAAGAGCACCCAGCCGGGCUCUGCACUUGCCUUUGUUGUGGGCUCUGCGCUCCACAGGCUGGAGGAGGCUUCCCGGGACCCCUGCCCGGCGUGCCGUCUGGGCACGGCUGGGGGCGCGCCCUUAAAUCUCCACCAGGAAGGGUGCUGUUAACCUCUCUACCUGCCUGUGUGCUUGCAGCCCUGGACAUAAGCCUGGAAGUCCAAUUGCUUGGUGCUUUGCUGUGAAGUUGGUAGAAGGUUUUAAGGAACUGAGGACUCAGAGCCAGAACAGAAGAAGCAGAGCGCAGAGAGUACCUGCUCCGAACAUCCUGAGAGCCCCUGGUGAGGCUGCGACUGCCUACUUCUUGGGAGAUGCUGGCUGCCAGGAGGCCGAGGAGCCCUUUGUUUUGAGGUGGGACAGCGGGAUUUCAGCAGGACAGCUUCUUCGUUCCUGACCUCACCAUGGCUUCAACUCUCUGGCUGGACGGCUGAUGUGACUGUGUGCCCCACAUGCUGUUGGACUGUGUGCCAUCUAGGUAGUGCCUGCUCACAGGGUGUGGGAGCACAGCCGGCGGGCAUCAGAUGCUCCCCCAAGUUGGACCAGCAGAGUGAUGGACUUGGACAGGCUAAGAUGGAAGUGACCUGAGGCCUUGCCCGGGCGGUUUCUUCACAACAGGACUAGUUAAGAAUUGAAACACAGGCUUGUCUGGGGAGCAGUAUGCCGGAAGCUGGUUUUCAGGCCACAAAUGCGUUCACAGAGUGCAAAUUCACCUGCACCAGCGGCAAAUGCUUGUAUCUUGGUUCACUGGUCUGUAACCAACAGAAUGACUGUGGGGACAACAGUGACGAAGAGAACUGUCUUCUGGUGACUGAGCAUCCACCUCCAGGCAUCUUCAACUCGGAGCUGGAGUUCGCCCAGGUCCUCAUCAUCGUCGUGGUGGUCACCGUGAUGGUGGUGGUCGUCGUCUGCCUACUGAACCACUACAAAGUCUCCACACGUUCCUUCAUCAAUCGUCCCAACCAGAGCCGGAGACAAGAAGACGGCUUGCAGCCGGAAGGGUGUCUGUGGCCUUCUGACAGCUCCGUGCAGCGGCCAGGGGCUUCAGAGAUCAUGUGUACCCCACGGGGCAGGGAUAGGUUUACCACCCCAUCCUUCAUCCAGCGGGAUCCGUUCAGUCGUUUCCAGCCCACCUACCCCUACGUGCAGCACGAGAUUGACUUGCCUCCUACCAUCUCCCUGUCAGACGGGGAAGAGCCGCCUCCUUACCAGGGACCCUGCACCCUACAGCUCCGGGACCCAGAGCAGCAGAUGGAACUCAACCGAGAGUCCGUGAGGGCCCCACCCAACCGAACCGUGUUUGACAGUGACUUGAUAGACAUUUCUAUGUACAACGGGGGACCAUGCCCACCAAGCAGCCACUCGGGCAUCAGUGCAGCUACCUGUAGCAGUAACGGGAGGAUGGAGGGGCCACCCCCUACCUACAGCGAGGUGAUGGGCCACUACCCAGGCACCUCGUUCUUCCACCACCAGCAUAGCAACGCACACAGGGGCAGCAGACCACAGUUUCAGCCGAACAACUCAGAGGGCACAAUAGUACCCAUCAAGGGCAAAGACAGGAAGCCUGGGAACCUGGUCUGAGUCCCUUCAGAGCGCACUUUGCUAGGAGAGAGAAACCUCGGCAGGGAGAGAGAGGCCCGCUGGCCCCCCUGCCACAGUGUUGUCCGGCUUUACGUCGUACAGCUGAGUAAAACCAAAUGUGCAAACACGGUCUUCGUUUCUGAUUCCUAUCCUGGGAAUUGCAUGCAAACAAGACUGAAACAAUACAAACUUGCAUCCGGUUUGACUACAAACAGUGUUCAUCUUGGGGGCAGGGGUGGAGACGGGGCUAGAGAUGGUAUGAGCUUGGCAAAGGGCGUACCAAGGAACCCGAGGAGGUUUGGAAGACUUCAUGAAAGUAAGACCCAUAAAGGUAUUUUUGACCUAUUUAAUUCCAAAAGGAGACUGCAGAUAAAUGAGGCCAGAAUGGCCUGUUUUUUAUAAUUAACUGAAUAAAGAAGGAAGAAUUAUUAUAUAUUAUCACGGGGAAGAAUCAGUCAGUUUGCUUUUUCUCCAAAGGUGUGAAACUUUUAUUUUGUUUUAAAAAUAUGAGUCAAAACUCCUGUUUUGUGUGCCAAGGUAUAAAGUGGAUAGAGGAGCGAGAGGAAAUAAUUUCUGUUGAUGGUAUGCUUUAAGAGUUGCACUAUCGUAAUGUUUAAAAUAUGGACGAGGGAACCUAUGUUGUGUGAAGGUCUGUAUGUUGUCUUGUCACUUAUGGGUGGCUAUUAUACCCAAGGAACAUCCUUGAGAGUCCUACAGAGUCGUACGAGAAAGGGUUUGGGGAAUGUGCCCUGGUGUUUACUGAGUUCCACGCAUUUAACAAGGGGCAUGCUGCAAGGAUCUGCAGCCAGCAGUGCACUACUGCAGUUAUUUGGAGUGGCAGGUGGAAACACCUGCACUGCGCAUCAAGUGUCAUACAGAGCUAGCCUUAUUCCCAGCAGCGUCAGCAAUUUAGACUGUUUUCACUGUAGCAUGAAAUAUAUUCAGAUACAUACCUUAUUUUAUGCAAUAAAUUGUUAAAAAUGCAAGAUGGUUAUUUUGUGUACUGCUGAACUAUGUGGCCUCUCCCAUCCUAGGCAGCUCUGUUGAGUUCUGCAAGGGAUUUUCUGUUCAGCACCUGGCACCAGCAGUCGCCCCCAAGCCCACUUGGUUGUCUAAAUGCCAUACUGGUGAUGGUUCCUUAUGCUUACUAUGCCUCUGGGCCUGACACAGGGACAGAUUUGGCAUAAUAAGCCAUUGCAUAUCACCAGUGUUGCAUGGCAGAGGAAUGGGUGCUGGUGCAGACUCACCUCUGUGCAGCCAGUCUUUGUGCUGUGGUCGGUUAGUAAACAGGUGGUGGGUGAGGACGAGGCAUGGCAGGUAGAAUUACAGCUGGAAAAUGAAGUCAGUUUACUGUUUCUAAUAUUUCUAAACAUUCUUGUGCACAAUAAAGGACCCCAGCGACUUUCUUCUGCAGAUGUAAGAGCUGUUCCUGUAACGGCACCACGGUGGGCUCAUAUGCAGCGGCAGGCUUCUUUCCGGUGGUCUGACCUCUGCACGGAACAGGAAUGCAGAUUCAGAGACAGGUUGACACCAAAUAAGUGUGUGUGACUGUAUGUGUGCCUGUUAUUAUUUUCAGAGGUGAUUAUGGGAAGUAACUAGAGAUUGUUUGAGGCCCCCAGUCCUGUCUGACCCCAGGCGGCUCAUUUCUGCUGAUCUCGGUAGGUAGGCCCCUGGGUUGGUCUGAGACUUGUAAUCUCUGUGGGAUUUACCCAUUUCACACAGUAGCAUCCAAAGGAAUACUCACAGUCAAAAGGAGAGAGGACAGAUAGGCAACAGUUGUCAGUUCAUGCUUGAACACUGCUUGGAAGGAUGUACACAUGAAGGACUCUGGGACUCUGGAGUUGCUUUUCUGUCUUGUCUGGUGACAUUCAGUGGCCUCUCAGGCUACAGGUUAACUGGGCCAAAGAUGACCUUUCCCACUUGCUUGAAGUUUCUGGCUACUGGUGACUGAUGCCUUCAGACUGUGCUUGAAUGGGGCCCUGAGAUUCGAUGGCAGAGGAAGAAGUAGGUGUCCUUGCUGGGAUCUCACUGGUAGAGGACUUGGCAUGGAUGGCAGCCAGGGGAAGGCGAGGUUAUGGCUCUGCCAUUCCAAAUCCUAACUGUAGUUUUGGUGAAGCUGGCAAUCCCACCCUUUGGUUUCAGCUCCAAAUAGCUUCUCAAUCCUUAUUUAGUCUUACUUUUCUGCCAACCGUGAGAAAGCGCUAAGAUCAGAGACUUGUAAAUUCCUCUGGAGCUUGGCAAGCAUAUGGAGGUUUUGUAGAUGCCAGCAGAGCUGACGAAACACUGGGUACCCUAGAGGACUGCCUUUAGUGUACACACAUACACACCACCUGUGACUUUGAAGUCUUUGAGGCUGGGCCUUUUUAAGGAAUUAGUUUAAAAGUCAAAGCUAAGGCCAUAAAAAUGAACAAGGACAUUUCUCUCAGCCCAGGGAGAUUUAGACAGUAGCCUUCUGGUUUACAGCUCAUGCCAUGCUGUCUCCUGGCUCUUAGGUGAGAACAAAGUAACAACUGUGAAGACACAGCUCAGAGUGGGGGCUGUUGUCUUUCAAAAAACCGAGAACCCGAGGGUUCAGUUUAGAAAGCAGUGAGUUUUGGCAAUUGACAAUAGGUUAUAAUGAUUAUUCCCAUGAGGCACUGAAGGAAAUGUUUGCAUGGUUAGAAGGAGCAGUCCUGGGCACGCUGCUCUGACUUAUCUGUUGGCUCGUGGAUUUCCAGGGAUAUGAAACACAAGACCUACAAACCCAUCUACUGGAACUCAUUCUUUUAGCCUGCAUUUGCUUUUUCAGAAACUCUAUAAACACUGAAACAAUAUUUAAUAUGAGAGAUUGUGAAGCCGACUCAUCCAAUUGUUUACUGCCCUCUCCCAUGCCUACUCCACCAGACACACACCUAGCUCACGAGAGAUCACAGCAUGGCAGUGACUAAAACUUACAGGUACACUGCGAGAAUUACACUUUUCCUUAGUAAUUUUUAGCUCUAACUCAAGAGCCAAGGAUGAGGAGCCAAACUGGGAUGGAUGCCUCUUCACACAGACAUGGGAAUUGGGUACAAAAGGAGUAUUGUUAAUAUUUUGAAAUUCUAAGUAGCUCCAUUUGCUCUUCAUCUUUAUUGGGAUCAAAAGGAAGUACGUUCAGAAAGCUGCCUUGAUCUAGAAGAAUCUAUUCAUCUACCUGCCUUUCGCCCAGGUGGUUUUACAUCUCUUAUCCAACUACUCCUUUCUAGAAAGACUCCUAGAGUAAGCCUUUUAGAUGGCUUCAAGCAUCUACCGAGGAAGUCCAUGUGGUCUCUCUAGGUCCUGCCGACACUGCUGGAGAUAGAGCGUGGCCAUUCCUGGAUUCCAGUUGGGCUUUGGAGACACAAUGCUGUGAAUGUGCUUGCAGAGUUUGCUCAGAAUGGCAACUCUAUACCUCUGAAAAAUCUCAGCAGUCGGGAUGAGCAGAACAAAGAAUACUUGCUUUCUGUUACCGUUUUGUUUUUCUCCCAUGCCAGUCACCCAUCCAGACUUGCUUGCACCCUAAAAUCCCAUGCAGCUUCAUGGUUUCUUUAGAUUGUACCGAUUCCAACAAACCAUGUUGUGUGGCUGCCAGGAGCUGUUCAGAGUCCUUGGAGAUGUGGACAAAUCACGAUAGCAUUCUCAGUCUCCCAUAGUCAUAGGUUUUAGGAAUAAAGAUGUCAUUUGAUAGCUUGCUCUGCCAGCUGGAUGUAGCACAAGGUUAGUAUCAGAGCACAGGGACAUCUUGCUGAGCAAGGAACUUCUUCCCAUACCCAUCUCUGUCCCUAGGUGGGCUGGAGACAGUGUAACAUGUCAAGGUUAGGCUGGACAGUGAUGCAGCUGCUCACACCCUAUGGGGCCCUAGCUCUCCACGUCCAUCUGUAAGCAGCUGAGGUGCCUUGUGUUCUGCUAUCAGAUGUAGGACCCCUGCCCCAGUGUGCAAUGCUCACCUUUGCUGUGCCUCUCUUGAAAUGGUGCUUCUUCAACUGUUUGCUUUCAUUUGUAAGGUGCUGUAUAUACGUUGAACAUAUGCACAUACUUUACCCAAUGGGUAGAACAAGAAACUAAUACUGUAAUAUAUUGUAUAGAUACCAGUUUUACCAGAAAUGGCAUAAUACUUAAGAAUGCCUAUGUACUCCAUCUUUUGUAAGGAAAUGAUUAUGCAAAUGAUUACAUAAAGAUAAAGUCUAUGUAGUUUAUUUUCCUAUGAAAUAUAUUAACACCAUGGGAUGGAGUCUGGACAGCAGGCAGCAGUUUAUGACCAGCACAUACACGGGAACUGAAUUGUACCUUUGCUCUGAAACUUUAGCAGUCUCUAAAAUGUUUUUAAUCCCUUUAGAAAUGGACCAGUUUGGUUCUUUUAGUCAGGGGGAAAGCUGUAUUUCCACUUGCUCUCUGUGCAGGCCUUCUCUCUCACUGCAGUACCAGCUGCCAGGCCUUACUGGGAUGUGCAAACCUUUGAAGAAGACACACAUGGUGUCAAAAAAUGAGUAACCUGCAGCCGGAGGCAAUUUAGCCUCAGAGCACUUGUGACCCUUUGUGUCCCAUGUUUCUCUGUGCCUUGUCUUGUAAAUGGAAGCAAUGAAGCCAAUGGACUGUCUGGAAUUUGUAGGGAGAGAGUGGCUCAGAAAACAGACCCAUCAGGAAAGAUGAUUAGGGUAGGGGAAAUGUUUUGGGUUGUCUCUAGAGAAUUGCCAAUCAGCUGAGAGCAGACAGACUUGUAAGUGCAUUCCUAUUGUAUUCUGUGGUAGUCCUGAUCCCUCAGUUACGUUAUAUGUUAGACUGCACGUAAAGUCACACUUCUCCCUUUCAGCUCCAGUUUAGUCUUUAGCAUCCAAUUGUGGCUUUGGCAUUCUUAAGUUUCUUCCUUUGUCCCCCCGCCCCCCCCAUCCCCUCUCAAGUAAAAAAGCCUUGGUGUCCAUUAAAGCCAGCAUGGGUAUAUGAAGUGUUAACAGUGAUCGUGGAAUGCUGCCGUCCAGUCUAAUCCAGUGUGUCACUAAUGAUGUCUGGGGAAUUCCGGGCUUUUUACUUUUUCUGUGGUAUGAGCUCUGACUUUGAAAGUCAGAGACAGAAUUAUCCCCAAUCAGGAAAAAAAAAAUGCUCUAAGCUAUUACUACUUAUUCUGAAUGUGCAACUCUUAGUGCCAAUUCGGUCCUUUUUAACAGCUCCCUGCAAGAGCUGGGUAAAAAUGUCAAUAGAUCCCUCCUAAGUCCCAUUCAAGUCCAAGUCAGUGUCUCUGUCUAUUGCAGGGUACACCCUCAGGAUCCCUGGGGUCAAGACCCAAGGCUCCAUCACUGUAAGAAAAUGAGCACUCUACUGAGCAUGGGAAUGUUCUAGACUCAGUAGUAAGAUGCAUGACCAACUCGGUUCUGCAGACCCGGCCUGGCUGAGGAUCCCUUUCAAUGAUGCUGCUUCUAUCAGAUGCACUUGCCUUUCAAAAAUCUCAAUUCCAAUUAAUAUCCUUGUUGAGUUUAAAAUAUAUACACUAUCCACAACACUUAGUUCACUUAAUUUUUAUUAUAAAGUAAAAUCUACUAAAAAAGUGCAACUGUAUUUGCAUCUUCCAAUCUUUGUGAGCUAUGAUAAUCAGAAGUCAAAGUCCUUUUGUGUUUAAACAACCAUGUGCUUACUCUUUAACGUAACUUCUGGUUAUAUAAGGGAAAUGGUUCGCAACUGUCAUCCGCCUGCAUCUUUUGCUCAGGUGGGGAUACAGUCUAGACCUCAGGUCUCUAACUGCAAUACUUUUGAUGAAAGACGUUGCACAAGUGCUGUUUGUUAGCGAUGAAAUCAGGUUUCUGCUUGUUCCUAAUGCCAUGAUCAAAUCAUAGCACAAACUCAUUAAAAAUAAUCAGUGACAAAUAUCUGU